UCUUGUGCAGGAGCAUGUGUUGUGUUGUGUUCCAAUUUGCUAGUAGAACCGUAAACCAUUUGCUGUUUUGCACUUUUCUAUGCUUAAUUGCCUAACUUAUUUACUUUCAAGUCCCUGCAAAUUUUGCACAAACUUCAAACUUCAAAGCAUGAAACUCAUAACUAUCUUCUUUCUCUCCCUCCUUGCAUCACCAUUAGUUUCUGGAGCCACUCUAAAACAACAGGAAGUGGAAGUUCUCAAAGAGAUUGGGAACACGCUUGGGAAGAAGGAUUGGGACUUCAGCGUAGAUCCAUGUAGCGGAGAAAGGAAUUGGACUUCCCCUGCUUCAAAAUCUUAUUCAGAACUAAAUGCAGUAACUUGUGAUUGUUCUUUCUCUAAUCACACUCUCUGCCAUGUAGUUAGCAUAGUUCUGAAAUCACAAAAUCUUUCUGGUAGUCUUCCGCCACAGCUUGCAAGGUUGCCUUACCUACAAGAAAUUGAUCUCACCCUCAACUACCUUAACGGCACAAUUCCAAAGCAAUGGAGUUCCUUGAAUCUUGUCAACAUUUCUCUUUAUGGAAAUCGAGUAACAGGUUCAAUCCCAAAGGAACUAGGAAAUAUAACCACUCUCAAAAGUUUGGUCCUGGAGUUCAAUCAAUUAUCUGGAAAUCUACCUAUGGAGCUUGGGAGCCUUCCCCAAAUUGAAACACUACUUCUUACUUCCAAUAAUUUCACUGGAGAGUUGCCUGCAUCAUUUGCUAACCUCACUACACUGAAGAACAUUCGACUAGGUGACAAUCAAUUCUCUGGAUCAAUACCCAAUUUUAUUCAGAACUGGAGAAGUGUUGAGACAAUGGUAAUCCAGGGUAGUGGCUUCAGUGGACCAAUUCCUUCAGGAAUUUCACUUAUGAAGAACCUUACUGACUUGAGAAUUAGUGACUUGAAUGGAUCCGAUUCACCUUUUCCCCAACUUGAUAGAAUCACAAAUUUGCAAACACUAAUGUUGAGGAGUUGCAAUAUUAUUGGAGCAAUGCCUGAAAAUCUUGGGAACUUGACUAAUUUGAAAGUUCUAGAUCUCAGCUACAACAAAAUAAGUGGGCAGAUUCCGAGCAGCUUUGCUGAACUACAGAAAAUGGACAUGCUAUUUUUAACUAGGAACCUUCUAACUGGACCACUGCCCGAUUGGAUAUCUAAACCAGAUUUUGUAGAUCUCUCAUUUAACAACUUCAGCAUAAGAAAGUCAGAGGAGCCAGGUUGUCAACAGGGAAGCACGAACUUGUUUGCAUCCUCCGUGAAUGGCAAUAGCAUAGGAAAUAUUUCAUGUCUGCAAAACACUGGCUGUACUAAAACUUGGUACUCUCUCUAUAUAAAUUGUGGUGGAAAGCAAGUAGUUUCUAUUGGAAAUAAGACAUAUGAUGAUGAUUCGGGUACGACUGGACCAGCAAGAUUUCUCUCUGAAGGAACAAACUGGGCACUCAUUACCACCGGUCACUUCUUCGACAGUGGUCGUGCAGACUACUACACAUGGUCUACUACAAAUAAACUUGCAAUGGAAAAUGAUGAACUGUAUAGGGAUGCACGUGUUUCUCCCGUUUCUCUGACUUAUUAUGCAUUUUGCCUGGGAAAUGGAAACUACACAGUAAAUCUUCAUUUUGCGGAGAUAAUGUUUACAGAUGAUAAAACAUAUAGCAGUCUGGGAACGCGUGUAUUUGACAUCUACAUUCAGAGAAAGUUAGUGUUGAAGGAUUUCAAUAUUGCAAAGGAAGCAGGGGGUGUUGGGAAGGCAGUAAUAAAAAAUUUCACUGCUGUUGUGAAUGCUAAAGCCUUGGAGAUCCGUUUAUAUUGGGCUGGAAAAGGGACAACUACUAUUCCAUUUGGAUCAGUAUACGGUCCUCUUAUAUCAGCUAUAUCUGUUGAUCCAGGUGGGCUGUACUUGUUCAAAGUUUCUUAUUCGUGCCAUCUCCUCCAUUAUCUAAUCUUAUCUAAAGUUCUUACAUGUAACAAAGCAGAUUUUGUACCACCUCCUCCUUCGGUGAAUGGUGGUGGCUUGUCUGUAGGCGCUAUUGUUGCCAUUGUUGUUGCAGGAGCAAUUAUUAUCAUAUUGAUUUUUGGCAUACUUUGGUGGAAGCACUGUUUUGAACAAAAAAGUUCAGUGCCUAAAGAACUCAAGGACAUAAACUCACAAACUACCAUAUUCACAUUAAGGCAAAUAAGAGCAGCAACAAACAACUUUGAUAGAGCCUUCAAGAUUGGACAGGGAGGAUUUGGUCCUGUGUACAAGGGUGUCUUAUCAGAUGGCACAAGAAUUGCAGUUAAGCAACUUUCCGAUAAAUCAGUGCAAGGGAAUCGUGAGUUUAUAAAUGAGAUUGGAAUGAUUUCUGCCUUGCGGCACCCUUACUUGGUUAAACUCUAUGGAUUUUGUAUGGAGGAGGAUCAGUUGUUGCUUGUAUAUGAAUACAUGGAGAAUAAUAGCCUUGCACAUGCUUUAUUCGAUGGAAAUUAUGACAGGAAAACUGAAUUGAGAUUACACUGGCAAACAAGACAGAGGAUUUGUGUCGGUAUUGCUAAAGGUUUGGCUUACCUUCAUGGAGAAUCAAGAUUGAAGAUCGUUCAUAGGGACAUUAAAGCCACCAAUGUGUUGCUGGAUAAAGAUCUCAACCCGAAGAUUUCAGAUUUUGGUUUGGCCAAGCUUGAUGAACAAAACAAAACACACAUAAGCACCAGAAUAGCGGGAACUUAUGGGUACAUCGCUCCGGAGUAUGCGAUGCAUGGUUAUUUGACGGACAAAGCUGAUGUUUAUAGUUUUGGAAUAGUCGCUUUGGAAAUAGUUAGUGGGAAGAGCAAUACGCUUACCAACCCCACAGAUGAAUUCUUCUCUCUACUUGAUUGGGCAAAUCUCUUGAAAGAAAAAGGCAAUCUGUUGGAACUUGUUGAUGGGAGGUUGGGUGAAGACUUAAACAAAGAGGAGGCACUGGUGAUGAUCAAAGUGGCUCUUCUAUGCACCAAUGCCUCUCCGGUGCUCCGGCCCACCAUGGCUUCAGUGGUAAGCAUGCUUGAAGGAAGCACAGUUGUUCCAGAUGUUAUGCCAGGCACAAAUGAUUUAUUGGAUGAGAAGAAAUUUGAGAUGAUGAGACAACAUUACCAACAACAUAGGGGAGAGAGAGAGAUAAGUGAGACUCCAAGCUACGGUAUCUCAGUUGGUGAAACUAGUGCAAUUGUAACUGACACUGAUUCUUCUUUUUUGAAUGCCAGAGAUUAAUUAAAGAAUAAAUUAAUCUGCAUCACAGUCACAUAUACAUACAUUUGCUAUGGUUUCGUUUACAGCU